CCGUAAGUGGCGACUAUGGGCAGACUGGGUUAUUGGACCCUGCUGGUGCUGCCGGCCCUUCUGGUCUGGCGCGGUCCGGCGCAGGGCACGGCGGCGGAGAAGGGUCCCCCGGCGCUAAACAUUGCGGUGCUGCUGGGUCACAGCCACGACGUGACGGAGCGCGAACUGCGAAAUCUGUGGGGCCCCGAGCAGGCAUCAGGGCUGCCCCUGGACGUGAACGUGGUAGCCCUGCUGAUGAACCGCACAGACCCCAAGAGCCUCAUCACGCAUGUGUGCGACCUUAUGUCUGGGGCGCGCAUCCAUGGCCUUGUCUUUGGGGACGACACCGACCAGGAGGCCGUGGCUCAGAUGCUGGAUUUUAUCUCUUCACAGACUUUCAUCCCCAUCCUGGGCAUCCACGGGGGCGCAUCUAUGAUCAUGGCUGACAAGGAUCCGACGUCAACCUUCUUCCAGUUUGGAGCGUCCAUCCAGCAACAAGCCACGGUCAUGCUGAAGAUCAUGCAGGAUUAUGAUUGGCACGUCUUCUCCCUGGUGACCACCAUCUUCCCUGGGUACAGAGACUUCAUCAGCUUCAUCAAGACCACCGUGGACAACAGCUUUGUGGGCUGGGACAUGCAGAACGUGAUCACCUUGGACACUUCCUUUGAGGAUGCAAAGACGCAGGUCCAGUUAAAGAAGAUCCACUCUUCCGUCAUCCUGCUCUACUGUUCCAAAGAUGAGGCUGUCCUCAUCCUGAGUGAGGCCCGCUCCCUGGGCCUCACUGGCUAUGAUUUCUUCUGGAUCAUCCCCAGCUUGGUUUCUGGGAACACAGAGCUCAUCCCAAAGGAGUUUCCAUCAGGACUCAUUUCAGUCUCCUACGACGACUGGGACUACAGCCUGGAGGAAAGGGUGAGGGAUGGCCUGGGCAUCCUCACCACUGCUGCAUAUUCCAUGUUGGAGAAGUUCUCCUACAUCCCCGAGGCCAAGGCCAGCUGCUAUGGGCAGACGGAGAAGCUGGAAGCCCCCCCUCACACUCUGCACCAAUUUAUGGUCAAUGUGACAUGGGAUGGCAAAGACUUGUCCUUCACUGAGGAAGGCUAUCAGGUGCAUCCCAGACUGGUGGUGAUUGUGCUGAACAAGGACCGAGAAUGGGAAAAGGUGGGGAAGUGGGAGAACCACACCCUGAGCCUGAGGCAUGCCGUGUGGCCGAGGUACAAAUCCUUUUCAGACUGUGAGCCAGACGACAACCAUCUGAGCAUCGUCACCCUGGAGGAGGCCCCCUUUGUCAUCGUGGAAGACAUAGACCCGCUGACCGAGACGUGCGUGAGGAACACCGUGCCAUGUCGGAAGUUCGUCAAAAUCAACAAUUCAACCAAUGAGGGCAUGAAUGUUAAGAAAUGCUGCAAGGGUUUCUGCAUCGAUAUCCUGAAGAAGCUUUCUCGCACUGUGAAGUUCACCUAUGACCUUUACCUGGUGACUAACGGGAAGCAUGGCAAGAAAGUCAACAAUGUAUGGAACGGGAUGAUCGGCGAAGUGGUCUACCAACGGGCGGUCAUGGCGGUCGGCUCACUCACCAUCAACGAGGAGCGCUCGGAAGUGGUGGACUUCUCUGUGCCCUUUGUGGAGACAGGGAUCAGUGUCAUGGUUUCGAGAAGCAAUGGCACGGUCUCGCCUUCUGCUUUUCUAGAACCGUUCAGCGCCUCCGUCUGGGUGAUGAUGUUUGUGAUGCUGCUCAUUGUGUCUGCCAUCGCUGUUUUUGUCUUCGAGUACUUCAGUCCUGUUGGAUACAACAGAAACUUAGCCAAAGGGAAAGCACCCCACGGGCCUUCUUUUACGAUUGGAAAAGCUAUAUGGCUACUCUGGGGCCUGGUGUUCAAUAACUCUGUGCCCGUGCAGAACCCCAAAGGGACCACCAGCAAGAUCAUGGUGUCCGUGUGGGCCUUCUUUGCUGUCAUAUUCCUGGCCAGCUACACGGCCAACCUGGCUGCUUUCAUGAUCCAGGAGGAAUUUGUGGACCAAGUGACCGGCCUCAGUGACAAAAAGUUUCAGAGACCUCACGACUAUUCCCCACCUUUCCGAUUUGGCACGGUGCCUAACGGCAGUACUGAGAGAAACAUUCGUAAUAACUACCCCUACAUGCAUCAGUACAUGACCAAAUUCAAUCAGAAGGGAGUGGAGGAUGCCUUGGUCAGCUUGAAAACAGGGAAACUGGACGCUUUCAUCUACGAUGCGGCAGUCUUGAAUUACAAGGCUGGGAGGGAUGAAGGCUGCAAGCUGGUGACCAUCGGGAGUGGGUACAUCUUUGCCACCACUGGUUACGGAAUUGCCCUCCAGAAGGGCUCCCCUUGGAAGAGGCAGAUUGACCUGGCCCUGCUCCAAUUUGUGGGUGAUGGCGAGAUGGAGGAGCUGGAGACACUGUGGCUCACGGGGAUCUGCCACAACGAGAAGAACGAGGUGAUGAGCAGUCAGCUGGACAUCGACAACAUGGCCGGCGUGUUCUACAUGCUGGCGGCCGCCAUGGCCCUCAGCCUCAUCACCUUCAUCUGGGAGCACCUCUUCUACUGGAAGCUGCGCUUCUGCUUCACCGGCGUGUGCUCCGACCGGCCGGGGCUGCUCUUCUCCAUCAGCAGGGGCAUUUACAGCUGCAUCCAUGGAGUGCACAUUGAGGAGAAGAAGAAGUCUCCGGACUUCAACCUGACCGGAUCCCAGAGCAACAUGUUAAAACUCCUCCGGUCAGCCAAAAACAUCUCCGACGUGUCCAACGUGAACUCCUCAAGAAUGGAUUCCCCCAAAAGGGCUGCUGACUUAAUCCAAAGAGGUUCCCUCAUCAUGGACAUGGUUUCUGAUAAGGGAAAUUUGAUCUAUUCAGACAACAGGUCCUUUCAGGGGAAAGACAACAUUUUUGGGGACAACAUGAAUGAGCUGCAGACAUUCGUGGCCAACAGGCACAAGGACAACCUCAAUAACUACGUGUUCCAGGGACAGCACCCACUUACUCUCAAUGAGUCCAACCCCAACACGGUGGAGGUGGCCGUGAGCACAGAGUCCAAAGCGAACUCCAGGCCCCGGCAGCUUUGGAAGAAAUCCAUGGAAUCGCUGCGCCAAGAUUCACUGAGCCAGAACCCAGUGUCCCAGAGGGAUGAGGGAGUGGUGGAGAAUAGGACCCACUCCCUCAAGAGUCCCCGGUACCUUCCGGAAGAGGUGGCCCACUCGGACAUCUCAGAAACUUCGAGUCGGGCCACAUGCCACAGGGAGCCCGACAACAGUAAGAACCACAAGACCAAGGACAACUUCAAAAGGUCCGUGGCCUCCAAAUACCCCAAGGACUGCAGCGAGGUCGAGCGCUCCUAUCUGAAAACCAAAGCAAGCUCUCCCAGGGACAAGAUCUACACCAUCGAUGGCGAGAAGGAACCUAGUUUCCACCUGGACCCGCCCCAGUUUGUUGAAAACAUGGCCCUGCCCGAGAACGUGGACUUCCCAGACACCUACCAGGACCCCAGCGAAAAUUUCCGCAAGGGCGACCCCGCACUGCCCACGAACAGGAACCCCCUGCACAAUGAGGAUGCGCUCCCCAACAAUGACAAACAUAAAUUCUACGCCAAGCACUUCACCCUGAAAGACAAGAGCUCCCCUCACAGCGAGGGCAGCGACCGGUACCGGCAGAACUCCACACACUGCCGGAGCUGCCUGUCCAACCUGCCCACCUAUUCGGGCCACUUCACCGUGCGGUCCCCCUUCAAGUGCGACGCCUGCCUGCGGAUGGGCAACCUCUAUGACAUUGACGAAGACCAGAUGCUCCAGGAGACGGGGAGCCCGGCCGCCCAGGAGGAGGUCUACCAGCAGGACUGGGCGCAGAACAGCACCCUCCAGUUCCAGAAGAACAAGCUCAGGAUCAGCCGUCAGCACUCCUACGAUAACAUUGUCGACAAGCCCAGGGAGACAGACCUCAGCAGGCCCUCCAGGAGCAUCAGCCUCAAGGACCGGGAACGGCUUCUGGAGGGAAAUUUGUAUGGGAGUCUCUUUAGCGUCCCCUCCAGCAAACUCUCGGGGAACAAGAGCGCCCUCUUCCCCCAGGGUCUGGAGGACAGCAAGCGGAGCAAGUCCCUCUUGCCGGACCACACCUCCGAUAACCCUUUCCUCCGUUGCUAUGGGGACGACCGACGCUUAGUCAUCGGGAGAUGCCCCUCGGACCCUUACAAACACUCGCUGCCGUCCCAGGCCGUGAACGACAGCUACCUUCGAUCGUCCUUGAGGUCAACAGCAUCGUACUGCUCCAGGGACAGUCGAGGCCACAACGACGUGUACAUUUCGGAGCAUGUUAUGCCUUAUGCUGCAAAUAAGAACAGUAUGUACUCUACCCCCAGGGUUUUGAAUUCCUGCAGCAAUAGACGUGUGUACAAGAAAAUGCCUAGUAUUGAAUCUGAUGUUUAA